AUGGUGAGAGGAUCAAAUGUGUCCCCUCGUGCACCAGGUGUUUCAAGGUACGAGUUAAUUGGGUCAUCAAAGAGAGGUGCAUAUAUGUGGGAGAUUAAGCUCGGUUCGAUGGUUCUCCUGAUUACCUUUCUGCUAAUGACCUGGGCGUACCUGUCAGGUGCGACCCAGGUGGUGCAGAACACUCACCUGACCAAGUACCCUAUUAACGGACGUCUCACCCACUACCGCCCUCACGUGAACGAUCCACGACGGCCCAACCGCUAUGACCUUCCUGGCGAUUAUCCCAGGUGUAACUUCAACGCUCAGUGCACUUGUUCGAACACUGGCCCGGACCUCGGCUUGGUGUUCUGCGACAACGUGGAACUCGGACGUGUGCCAGAGGAGCUAAAUAACACGAAGAUUCACACUCUGACCCUUCGCUCCAACAACCUGCGAAGCCUCGACGAGUAUGCCUUCUACAGCACAGGUAUGUGGCGACUCGAGGUACGCCACAACGCCCUGCUGGAGAUCCCGGAGAAGGCCUUCCAUGGGCUCGAGAGGUCACUGUGGGAGCUUGACCUACAGUACAACGACCUCACCCGCCUGCCCCGUGAUGCCCUCCGUAAACUGCGCAAGCUGAAGACUCUUGAUCUCACGGGUAACUUCAUCUCAGACCUGACAUUGGAGGACUUCCAGGGCUAUGAGACUUCCCUGCAGACACUUGUGUUGGCUGAGAACUCCCUCACGCUGAUCCCAGAGGGCAUCUUUCGCACCCUGGACAACCUUCGCACUCUGAACCUGAGAGGCAACAACAUUCUCACCAUCAACGCCCAGGCUUUCCAGGGUGUCUCCAACCAGCUGGCCCACAUCAACCUGGCCAACAACCUGCUGACCAACAUCCCCUUCAAGGCCAUCUCAGCUGUGCCCAACCUGCAGACACUCAACCUGGCCAGGAACCGCAUCACCCUCAUCUUUGAUGUGCUCUAUACCAGCUCAGUCUCUAUGGAUACCCUUGUCCUGGACUUCAACCAGAUUGAGAUGCUGCCACCAUAUGCCUUCCAGAACUUUGGGACCGUCAACCGCACAUCACUGAGAGGCAACCCGCUCACUCACAUCAGCGACGAUGCCUUCAAGGAUGCCAAGAUCAAGGAGCUUUACCUGCAUGACUCUGACUUGUGGAGCAUUACUGACAAUGCCUUCCGUGGCCUGGAGUCCACCCUGCAGACACUGGACCUCAGCUACAACAACCUCUCCUUCAUCCCUGCCCAGGCCAUCGACCACCUGGAGUCACUGCGUUCACUCUCCAUCAGCAACAACAAGCUGUCUUUGGACCCAACUGAGGCCUUCAAUGGCUUCCGCUAUACCCUGCAGUACCUCAACCUCCUAGGAGACAACAUGGGCUCAAUUCCUAUGGACAAACUGAAAGAGAUGCGUAACGUGCGCACCCUUGGCCUCAGCACCCUCCCAGACACCUCGCUCUCUAAGAAAGACUUCAAGGGCUUCGGCCCAGCUGUGGAGAAGCUCUACCUUAUGAAGAAUGGCAUCACUGGAGUGUCUGCCAAUGCCUUUGAACAUGUCCCUGGAGUAAAGAUUCUGGACCUCUCCAACAACAGGAUUAGUUCUAUUGACAACGAGGCAUUUGCUAACAUUGGCGGUGGCCUUGAGGAGCUGCGACUGAGCUCUGGCCUGUCCAUGAGUCAGCUUCCUCCUCAACCCAUGCAGUACCUCAUUAACCUGCGUGAGCUGGACCUGAGUAACAAUGCCCUCACCACGGUCAGUGGGGAAUGCUUCCGGUACAUGCGCAGACUACGGACCCUCAACAUGCAGGACAAUAAGAUUGACCGCCUGACUCGCAACCACUUCCAGGGCAACUACCAUCCCUACCUUGAGUCCAUCCAGCUCUCCUUCAACUCCAUCACCAAGAUCGAGCCCACUACUUUCCACGAUUACAAGAACCUCAAGUAUUUGUACCUUGAUGACAACCAGAUCACCAACAUCGAGAGGUCUGGAUUCUCAAACCUGGAGAAACUGGAACACCUGGACCUGGAGGGAAAUAACAUCCGUACGCUGGGCUAUGAGGCAUUCCAGAAUAUGCCAAAACUGCGCUAUCUAGAUCUGUCCUUCAAUGAGAUGGAGAAUUUAAACCUGGAUGCCUUUGAUCAGGUAGGGACACUCACCACCCUCACCAUUGAUGCCAGCCACAACCGCAUUCCCUUCCUCAAGCUUAACGGGUCCAUGUGGAAUUCCUACGCCAGUAUUAAGAUGAUUGACUUCAGCCACAACAACAUCUCUUGGAUCUCCCGUGACUACUUUGAGUCUGUCCGCUCAUCCAUCAUCCACCUCUGGUUCCAUCACAACAACCUCAGGAAUAUCAGUGCCAGUGUGUUCUCCAACUUCCCUCAAUUGCAGCUUCUUGAUUUCUCCCAUAAUAUUAUUAAUGAGAUUGAUCAUGAGGCAUUCAGAGAGACGCGCCGCCUCCACUAUGUCAACUUCCGCCACAAUAAUCUUGCUGACCUCCCUCCCUCGCUGUUUGAGAACCACAAUCGUCUCCGCCACUUCGAUGUUUCCUUCAAUGAGCUCCGAGGCAUUCCCGAUGGACUCUUCAAGGCUUCACCGUUAGAAAUUUUCCAUGCACGCAACAACCGCUUCUCCAAAUUCCCGGAUUCCAGCCUGGAGAGAUGUGCUGACUCCAUCCGCGUCAUCGAUGUGGCGUACAAUGAGAUCGACUCCCUCACUGAUGCAAUGAUGGGCCGCUUUGACAACCUGGUGUCCCUUGACGUCUCCCACAACCACAUCAAGACCAUUGAGUCCCGCUCCUUCCGUGGCACUUGGCAUCUUCUGGUUCUUGAUGUCUCCCAUAAUCCAGUUAAGGAUCUCCAGAGCUACACCUUUGAUGGACUGCAGGACUCCCUCAUGAACCUCAGUGUGGCCAACACCUCACUCAGUGCUGUGCCAGACUUUGACCUUCCCCGGCUCAUGUACCUCAAUGUCUCCCAUAACAUCAUCUCUUUCCUGCCCUCCAUCACCAUGGCAAAUCUCACCUCCAUCAGGGUCCUAGACAUCUCCUACAAUGAGCUCCCAGUGCCCUCAAACAGUGCUUGGCAGAUGCUUCCCCGCCUCAGAGAGCUGUACAUGCAGAAGAACCCCAUCCGCUCCCUCACCAAUGACUCCUUCAUGGGGCUGGAGAGGCUGGAGGUUCUGGACAUCCGUGACUUCCCUCUGCAAGGCUUUGAGGCUGGGUGUCUGGCAUCCAUGCCCUCACUGCAGCGCCUCUACAUAACAACACAUCCCACCAUUGCCAAGUUCAACCUAGCCAAGGCACUCCAUAAUGUGCCUUCACUCCAGCAGCUCAACCUUGAGGUCGAUGGAACACUUGGCAAGGAGCUCCUGAAGUACAAGUUGCCUUACCGCCUCACCAACAUCACACUCAUGGGGCCUCGCAUGCGUCAAAUCAACCCCACAGCUCUCCAGGAACUGAGGGCCAGGGAACUGCAGCUGACCUUCUACCACACCAGGAUGGAGGAGGUGCCCCGGGAUGUCUUCAAGAACCUGGGUCGUGUCAAGUAUGUGUCAGUGGCCGCAGUCAACAACAGCAUGAAGAAGCUGGGUGAGCCAUCCACCACUGGCUACCCUGGCACUCCCAACUCUGUCUUCCUCACAGACCUGCGGAUGCACAACAAUGACUGGAGCUGUGACUGUGGCAUUGGGUGGAUUGAGCCAUGGCUGAAGAAGUGGCGUCAGUCAGUGUGUGUGGACCGAGGGCACCUGGAGGAGUACCUGCGCUGCCAGGACACCGUACAGCGCCUGAGGGAGACACCCUGCAGCAACAAGAAGAAGUCCAUCAUGGAGGCCCUCAAGACAGACUUAGAAUGUAGCUCUACUGCUGAUGCUUCCCUCCUCAAACCCUCCUCUCCUGUCCUUCACUCUCUCCUGCUGCCCCUCCUCUUCUUCUUCAGGGCACCCUAACUACUGUGUGGGGCAGCGACACACAGCCACACCUGAGUUGGCUGUCGUCCAGAGGAUUUUGUAAUGUAGAGUAUGUAGAUGUUGAGUCCUUCUGUACCAUUCACAUAUUCAGGACACCCACAGGACAUGGGUUGGGUUAGUGCCUGAGGAAAACCCCGAGCUCUCCUCUUCCCCAGAACUUGAGGAAUAUUGCCCAAUGAGUGUGAAGAGAAAUACAAAAUAUAACCAAUUGCAAGGAGAGUUUGUGGAUAUAUUACUGUGAGAAAUACUAUCCAUAUACAUGUAGAUAUAAGACAGGAUUAUUCCAACAAGAUGCUUAUAGUAGUAUGACAGUUGCCCACUUGAUAAAAGACUGACCUCUUUGUGAUGCUCAUACAAGUUAAAGAAUCAACAGCUUCCUCUAUCAGGCUACUACUUCUCCAUCAGUUACAUAUCCUACUAGACUUUCCAAACUGAACAGGAUGAAUCAUGAACCAUAAUACUAAUGACAGAAGCAUUAAUAUCUUUGGGGAAAACACAGAGGCUCCAAUAAACACCAGUAGACAAAAAUAGUUUAGUGUCCCCACUAAGGAUGAAAAAGUAGGUGAUGACCCGAGGAGUGUUCAGUGUUUACAUGCAAAGUCUCCUCAGAUUGUGGAAGCUAGAGAGGAGAGGAGAAGCUUCUGAUAUUUCUUUAGUCUCUGGGGAAGAAGCAGCCUGAGGUGUGCUUUGAGUGAGAGCGAGAAAGAUGUUUGAACUAUGUGUACUUUGGGUUUCCUAUUCCUUCAUCUCCUCUUCCUGUUCCUCUUUCUCCUCCUCCUUUUCCUCCUCCUCCUUAUUCCUUUGUGUAUUUGUUUGUUCACUUGUUUUUCUCUCAGUAUUAAUUCUGCCAUGACCAUUAAAGUUUUCUGUCUGGUCUAGUGAAAAUUUAAAUACCUCCUCUACCUCUUUUCUCCUGCAGUCAACAAUUGCAUUGCUAUAAAAAUGUUUUACAAGUUUUGUUUUUACUCUCAUGAUGCCGUGUUGUUUUCCUGUUGUCUCUCUUAUUCUUACUAUCACUACAACUACUACUACUACUACUAUUUCCUCUACUACUAUUAAUGCAACUACCACCACCACCACCACCACCACUACUACAACUUCUACUACUACUACUACUACUACUACUACUACUACUACUACUACUACUACUACUACUACUAUUACUACUACUACUACUACUACUACUACUACUACUUAAGUUACAUAUAGUUGAUGAAGAUAAGAUAUUUUCCUGCCAUACUAUUUUGUAUUUAACUAUUAUAGUGUGUAUGGUGGCAGUUGGCCCUGGUCGUGAUAUACAUGCAUAUAUAUAGUAUAUUUAUUUUUCAGUUCUGAAGUGGGUUUGAACCUCUUCCUACACCCUAAACCUUUUGUAAAUACCUUUUUUAAAAAUUGUUGUUGUUCUGGUCUCAAUAUGUAGAAACUCAGUCCUUACAGGGGAAGAAUUUCAAAGUGUAUAGUGAAAGGGAAGAUGCAAAGCUUUCCUUAGUCUGUGUUGUGUGUUGGUGUGUGUCAGUGAGGCAAUGGCUGAGUCUUCCUGAGCCAGUUUAUAGAAGAAAGUAUCCCUUCCAGCCGCCUCCUUUAAAAUCUUCCCCCUUCAGAGCAAAGUUAUCAAGGGAGAGACAUUCUGCUUCGCAUCUCCAAAUUUACUUUCUUUUUCACUUUGUCUUCUUUCCUGCAAUGAAGAGGGGAUGUUUCUUUUACUGGUAUUUUUCUCCUUUCUGCCAGUCUCCCAAAAGUCUUUCCUGUCAGACUACUUUCCUCUUCAAAUUCUACAUUCUUCUUUAUACUAUUUCUUCUCACUCUUGAAUGAUGUAUGUCACUUCUACUGGUAUUUUCUUUCCUUUCCUCCAGCUUCCCAAAGAAUCUUUCCCAUCAUACUUGAGAUCAAAAAGGGAGAGACAUUUCCAUAUUUCCCUUCUGAUUCUGUACUCCUUUUCCACUUUACAUUCCUCUCAUUACCAAACAUGUCUCUUUCACUGAUCUUUCUUCCAAACAACCUCAAAAAACAUGUAAGUCUUCUGCAUCAGAGUGAAUGAUAUGAAGGGAGAGAUCAUUUUUUUCCCUUUUCUUUUUCACUCAGUUAUUUUUCUUAAUGUUUCUCCCACACACAAAAGAACUAGUCUCAUAUCCCCUGUUAAAACUGAACCCUGCGGUGUCUGUUGUUGCCCCCUCUGUAUAAUAACCAAUAUGUGUAGGGUUUGUAUAAGCUGUUGUCAGGAUGUUAUGUGAGGAGUGAUUCACUAUAUUCUAUUGCUCUAAGUCUAUAGGCAUUCCAUAGGUAUAUUUAUAUUGUUGUUCAGCACAGUUAUUGCAGGUCUUGAGUGUCCCAGGAGACAGAUUGGGUUUUUAUUUUGUAAUGAUGCCAAGGUGCUCUCUCUCUCUCUCUCUCUCUCUCUCUCUCUCUCUCUCUCUCUCUCUCUCUCUCUCUCUCUCUCUCUCUCUCUCUCUCUCUCUCUCUCUCUCUCUCUCUCUCUCUCUCUCUCUCUCAAUCAUAAUGUCUCUUGUUCUCUUCCUCAUUCUUUAUAAUAUAACACUUCCUCAUUUCCAAAAGAACUUGCUUUAUUCUCUUCAUACUCUUCCCUCCAAGAUAACAAACUCUUUCUCUUGUUCUUCCUAAUGUGACAGUCUGUUAUUCCUAUGGCUGCUUGCACCUCUUGUUUACACUCUUCCCACCAAGAUAACACAAUACCAUGAUACCACAUAAGUAAUACCGCCUGCCACACAGCAACACAUCUCUCAGAAAAGCACUUUAUCUACCCCAGAAUACUGGUAACUGUCUCCCAAUUUAUCCUAAUUUUAUGUAGCUUUUUUCUUUCUCCCUGAAAAGUAACACUCUCUCUCCUCACAUGAGACCUUUCUCUCUCCCAUUUAGUAACACAGCAUUCCUCCAUGCAGUAAUAUACUUUCUUUCAUUCCAGGGUAACACUUUUCUCCCCCAGGGUAACUCACUCCCAGGGUAACAACACCUUUUGGCAUUUGAUGAUACCUGAGACAUUUUAUUGUUAGUACCUAAUCUUUUUACUUCAUUCACUGCGUGUAUAGAAAUAAAAAGAUUAAUAUGUC